UAGUUUCCCAUGAUUUGGGCGUAUUGCAGACCCUGUUGGGCCACCUAGCUCGAAGGGCUCUCCUUCCCCCGCUGCCGUUCUGGCCCGAGCUAACUCCUGAAGGGCGCCGCCGCGAUCACUGAUCUGAGCCAAACCCUCCGAGCCAAUGCAGACCGUCGCGGUGUUCGUGGCCCUCCUGGGCCUGUCUGCGGUGAGCGUCUCGAGCGCCUCCAAGUACAGCCCGGGCACGUGCCACUGCGACUGCUGUGCGCCGGUGGACGGGGGCGAGAAGGAGUGCACUGCUCCCGUGGGCUCGCUCCACAGCCAGACGAAGACCGACGUGUGCCUCGCGGUGUUCUGCACGGAGGGCGACACGCUGGGGGCACAGAAGCAGGCGUUCAGCAACUUCUGCAGCUCCAAGUGCUUCCCGGACACCGCGGUCCCGACCACCUGCCGCCCGAAGGACUGCACGGACCAGGGCGUGAACGUGCACUGCGAGUGAGCGCGCCAGCGACAGUGCCCGGUCGGACGGACCGUGGUGCGAGAAAAGGACGCUUCUGCGGGAGGCCCGCUUUCGCGUGGUGGACAUGAUCGCGUUCGGAUGCAAUGCCUAGGAGGUUGCAUUUAACAUCGGCGUGGCGCUGGUACAGCCGCGGUCGACAGCUGUACUGCUCCGGCUUAAUCUGGCUUAUCCAGUUCCGACUCCGUUCAGAUUCACUUAAUUCUAGGCUGAAUCUGGCUUAGAGACCAAUCUGGCUUGGUAGCCUCUUUUCGUUCCCACGAAGCCCUCCGACGUUGCCUCCUUAAUUCUUG